GUUUUCCGCGCCAGUUUGAAAAGCGCGCGGGAGUACGCCGCCCGGGCGAGGCUGCGAGGCUACUCGCAAGGCUGCCAGCCGCGCGCGCGCAAGGACGCAUUUGUGUGUGUGCUUUUCUGCCGUGGAAUUAUUGACUGAAAACUCGGAUCUGGUGCGUCAAGACUCUUUCACUCGCAUCAGACUCUUUUUGUUUUAUAUCGUGGUUGAAAAUAUUAUUACCAAGAAAAUAUUCGAAAUGCUUGGUACUUCUGGUUUUGCGGAAAAAACGUAAAAUGGUGUUGUACAAGGCUGUUGUUUACUAACACGGGUUUGAAUGGUUUGAAUUGUCUUCAAAGCUGUCAUUCGCACAAAACUAUGCUGUGAUAGAGUAUUCUUUAGUCUAUUCUUACCCAGUAAUUUUAAACUUCUAUAUAAGCGUUUAAUAAGAUUACUUUCCAUUUUUCCUACCAUAAUCUGAGUCGACUCGACUUCAAAUAUGAGGGCAAACAGGGCAUCAAAUGUAGUGUGUGAACAGCAAGCUAAAUUUGUUCAAGAGCGUAUUGUUUCUGUUGAGAAGCACUUUUCUGAAAUGUGUACCAUAUUUGGCUCCUUGGCAAGGAAGUCAGCUGGGUUGCGUGAUAAAAAUGAUGAGCUUUCUAAAGCUGUGAAAUCUUAUGCUGAUAAUGAAAAUGUUAAUCAUACCUUGAAAGCUGCAUUGUGUGAAUUUUCUGCAGUAUUGGGAUCAGUUGGUGAUUACCGUGACACACAGGUCAAAAGAGUUGAGAGCAAAGUUGUGAACGAGCUGUCACAAUACGAUGGAAUCUGCAAGCACUCAAGGGAGGAAGUUAAAGCUACAUUUUCAGCUCGUGAAAAAGAACUUGUUCGUAAACGUCAAUUAGAUCGAAUCAGAGAACGCAAUCCAAGAAAUCGUCAGAUGAUAACUUUAGCUGAGACAGAGCUCCUGAAAGCCAGUGCUGAUGUUUCAAGAACAAUGAAAGGACUUGAGGAACAAAUGAACAUCUUUGAAAAGAAAAAACUUGAAGACAUUAAGUCAAUUCUGCAAGACUAUGCAUUAACUGAACUAUCCUUUCAUGCCAAAGCUAUAGAGCUCUUUACCAAGGCUUUUCAAGAUCUACAGAAUAUAAGUGUAGAGGAUGAUCUUGAGGAAUUUCGAGAUGUACUUCGUGUUCCUGACUCAAUAUCUCGUUUAGACACUGUCAAGAGAACUUCUUUCCGUUCUUCUACACCUCUUGGUUCUCUGGCGAAUUUAUUCACAACACCUCCAAGGUUCAGGCGAUCUUCAGACUCAGGCCUGGCAAGAUCACCUCAAAAAGAAAGAAAUGCCAAAUCUCAAUCCAUGGACUCGCUAAAAAAAACAUUUAACGAAUCCUCAGAAUCAGUUGAAGUGGAAGACUUCAUUAAUGAGGUGUCAUCUUAUUCAAGUGAUGAAGGAUACAACAGGAAAUGAGCUUUGUCAUUUGGAUCUCACUUUUAAAUGAGCUAUAGCCAGAGAAAUGAAGUACUAUUAAAAUAAACUUUCAUGUUAGUUUUAUUGAUCUCCUGUUACAGAGCUAUUGGAUGUCACUUAUUUUAUGUAUCAGACAUUAAUGAUAAUCUCAUGUGCAUUAUUGCUUUUUCUUGUGUUGAGCAUUAAAUUAAAUGUAAAAUAUAAAA